AAAAAUAAACUGGCCCAAUGUUAUUUGGUUCAGAAUCAGAUAUAUAAAGCUCUAACUUUCAGUCUAUCAUAUAGUGAUUAGGGUUUUUGCUGAUACCUGUUGCUCGACCUUCCUCCAUCGCCUCCGAGUUCAACACAGAAGACCGAAGCCAUGGGUAAGACACAUGGAAUGGGAGCGGCUCGCAAGCUGAAGUCUCACCGGAGGAGGCAAAGGUGGGCUGACAAGUCAUACAAGAAGUCUCAUCUUGGUAAUGAAUGGAAGAAGCCUUUCGCUGGAUCUUCCCACGCCAAGGGAAUUGUCCUUGAAAAGAUUGGUAUUGAGGCUAAGCAGCCUAACUCUGCCAUUCGUAAGUGUGCCAGGGUUCAACUCAUCAAGAAUGGGAAGAAGAUUGCUGCUUUUGUCCCUAAUGAUGGUUGCUUGAACUACAUCGAAGAAAAUGAUGAAGUUUUGAUUGCUGGAUUUGGAAGAAAAGGUCAUGCUGUGGGAGAUAUUCCCGGAGUUAGGUUCAAGGUUGUGAAGGUUUCUGGUGUAUCCCUUCUCGCCCUCUUCAAGGAGAAGAAGGAGAAGCCAAGAUCUUAAGUUUGUUGUUGCACUUUCAUUUUAUUUAGUUCCGUUUAAGUAUGAAGAAUUUUGUUUCAUUUUGAAUGAGUUUUAUGGACAGUUAUGUUUGUCUGAUUAUUUUGUGGAACUUAUUUUUGACUUAGGAACAACGUUUACUGCCUCUCUUAAUUGUGUUUCUGCUCUA